AUCGCCCUUAACGGAAACUGAAUCCAAUCAGAGGGUGAUAUUCACCGUUUAUCUCACGACUCCCAAUACAUCGAAUCUAGUUAUUCUGUGCGACAUACCAGAUACCAAGUGCUAAGAAGAGUGAAUUAAGGAAUACCUAAUAAAUAGAUAGUAUAACUAGUCACAAUAGUGAAAAGUGUAGAAUGAACGUUUAAAUUGGCUGUGAUAAGGUUAAUUAGCUUACAUGUAAAAUACUAUGUAAAAUGUCUCCGAUUAAUCUAGUGUUUAGAACGUUGGACAUUACACUUCUCAUACUGACUGCUCUGGUGCACGUGCUACAUGGUGCUGUUGAUAUACAACCGUUUCCAAACGUCGUUGACAAUCGGCUCCAUCCGGACCUCCUAUCUUCAAGUUGCCCAAGCGAAAUCUACUGCCAUGGCAAGCUGCUGGAUACGGUGCAGAUGAUGGCCAUCUACCAGGACUCGAAAACCUUUGUCGAUAUGAAGAUGCGAAAGUCGCCCAACGAAACGUUGGCCUCGUUCAAUGACUUCAUGGAAGAGAAGAAAAAUGCUCCCAGUAAGCAGGACCUUAAAACCUGGGUAGAAUUGAUGUUCGAUAAACCGGGGGCAGAGUUUGAAGAUUGGAUCCCGGACGAUUGGGUAGAGAAUCCAAGCUUUCUACAGCGUAUCAAGGAUUCGGAGCUGCGUGGCUUUGGCAAAAUCCUUAACGGAAUAUGGCGCGAGCUAGGUCGCAAAAUGAUCACCGAUGUUAGGAUUAAUCCAGACCAGUACUCUAUUAUUCCUGUUGAUCAUCCGGUGAUUGUUCCUGGCGGUCGAUUCAGUGAGUUCUUCUACUGGGACUCGUACUGGAUCGUACAAGGACUUCUUCUGUCAGAAAUGACAAAGACAACUCGAGGCAUGGUAGAAAAUUUCCUGUCCAUCAUCCAGCGGUACGGUUUUGUUCCGAAUGGUGGCAGAAUCUACUACAACAAGCGAUCUCAGCCGCCAUUGCUCAGUGGUAUGGUCAAGUCCUACGUUGAUGCAACGAAAGACACUAAAUUUGCUGAAGAUGCCGUCGAAAUUCUGGCGCGAGAGUUCGAGUUCUUCAUGAAUAACUAUAUCGUUGAAGUUAACGGACAUCAUCUGGCUGCCUACAGGUGUAAGUCUAGUGGUCCACGACCGGAAUCCUACCGAGAGGAUGUGAUCAGUGCUCAGGUUUUUGAAAAGGAAGAUGAAAAACAGGAUUUCUACUGUGAACUGAAGGCUGCCGCUGAGAGUGGAAUGGACUUUAGCAGUCGAUGGUUCAUUAAGGAUGGCACAAACGCUGGAGACCUGACGAAUUUGAAGUGCCGAUCGAUUAUCCCUGUUGAGCUGAAUACGAUCCUAUUCUGGAACGCGUUGAUCAUUUCGGAAUUCUACUCAAUGAAAAAUGACCUCCAAAAGGCUAACAGGUACGAAGCGAAAGCGGAUGAUAUUAGAAAAGCUAUUGAUGCUGUAUUAUGGAACGAAGAAGAGGGCAUUUGGCUGGAUUACGAUUUGAUCAACAAAAAGCACCGACAUUACUUCACUCCCACCAACCUUUCUCCGCUGUGGACGGGAUGUUACGAUAAAACAGACACGAGCCUACCGAAAAAGAUUCUGGCAUACAUCGAGAAACUCGAAUUGGACAAGUACCCGGGAGGUGUUCCGAACACCUUGUCCAACACGAACGAACAGUGGGACUUUCCCAAUGUGUGGCCACCGAUGCAGCACAUGAUGAUCAUCGGUCUGGGCGGUAUGAACAGCCAGGAAACGAAGGAACUGGCCUUUAGGUGGGCUCAGCGAUGGGUGCGAAGCAACUAUAUUGCGUAUAACAAAACCAAGACAAUGUUUGAGAAAUACAAUGCGGAAGAGUUGGGCGGCCAUGGAGGCGGAGGUGAAUACGAAGUCCAGACCGGUUUUGGUUGGUCCAACGGUGUCGUGAUGGAUUUGAUGAACAAAUAUGGCGACCGGCUAACGGUUGGUGCGAAUGAAUAAUACAAAAAUAAACAGUAGCACCGCACUAUCAUCAACAUCACGUAUAAUCAAAAAUAUACCAGCAUCUUUUAAAUGACAGAGUUAAGAUGUAAUGUGUGUAUUACAGUAUGUAAUAUAGGGUUACCAACCGUCCUUAUUUUAAAGGACAUGUCCUUAUUUCCGAGGUUUUUGGAAAGCGUCCUUAUUUUACUUCAAAUGUCCUUAAUUUUAGUCUCAAACCUU